AUGAGAAACACAUACAUUUGAAUGGAUUUAGAGGUCAAAGGAGUGGCUGCAUCUAGGAACCAACCUCGCCUAAUUUCUCAACGAAAGAAUUCACUCCAACAAGGAUGGACUUCCAGAUCAUGGGCAAUCCAGAAUCCCUGCCUACCUGUGGUUCCACCACUUGAUUUGGGAAGCCUUGUUGACUCUGAUGAGGAGGAUAAUUUUUCAGAAGCACCAUGUGGUACAAUGCAUGCUCAUCUCAAGCAACCACAGUUAUCUUCGACUCUGGCUUGGAUUACGCCAUGUCAAAGACCAUAUACACAGUAUCAUCUGAACGAAGUGGAACAGGACAUCAUCCCAGAGGAUUUGCCAGCACCCACAGGCAAGUACAAGCAGAAAUAUGAGCAAUAUGCGGCUGAAAUGAAGGAGGGCUACAAGCAGCACAUUCGGAGAACUGCAGAAAAGGCGAAAGCUACCAGCCGGCAAGACCUGGCAGGAAGCAAGAUGAAUGAGAAGUGCGAUCAGGGGGAAGAAGCCUGCGUGGAUGACCUUCUGACUCUGGAUAGGAAAGCCCUCCUGCAGCAAGAUUAUGCAGAUAGCCCUCACCAUAUAAGGAGCAGCACAAGGAAAUCAGAUGCUGAAACCGUGGCAGCUGAGAAGAAGAAGCAAAUGGUUACGGAGCAAAUGAUGAUAGACCACUUAUCCAGGGCUGUCAUCAGUGAUCCAGAACAAGGUUUAAACACUGAGGAACAAGAGAGUUCUCAUGUCCCUCCAGACUCAGAGAGGGCGCCACUUCGAGUUAGGAGACGAACUCUGCAUGAAACGAAGAUAAGAACCACCUCCACAUUAACAGAGAAUGACCUUUCUCAGAAAGUAGAAUUUGAUGGGAGGGUCUUAUCAAGAAAUGGACGCGAUGCCUGCAGAGAACUGAUCGGGUUUUUCUUUACCCAUGACCAGUCCCUAACCGUGUAUGAAUAUCGAAAGUUCGGGAAGAACAGAACAAAUGUGCUUCCUUUCAUUAAGAAAGACAUUUAUAGUCAUCAGUGUGGACGCAGAAAAGGAAAGCAGUACCGGCUCGGCGACUUCUAUACUGGUGCAACUUUGACAUUUUUGAGCUGUGAUCAUCCCAGCCUUCCAAAGAGCAUAAAAGAAAAUACAUUAUUUAGACUUCGAAUUACAAAUAUUGAUCAGAUAGCUUUGAGUUCUCUGAAAACUGCCUCUGUGGAACACGAGGAAGACACGGCCAGCCAGGAGGCACAGGAUCGGCAGGUGCUGCUGGCCAUCCAGGAUAAACUAAAGGAACAGCUACACAAGAGAGGUGUCCGGAUUUUGACUGGAUUGGGAAAACACUUCCAACACUUGGACAAGGAAGGCAGUGGGCUUUUAGAAAAGGCAGAAUUUCAGCAAGCUCUGAAAACCUUCCACUUAGAAGUAUCUGAACAGGAUUUUGAAUCUUCCUGGCUGAUUCUGCAAGGCAAUGGCCCCAGCAAGAACAAGGUUGAUUAUGGAGAAUUCAAACGUGCCAUUUUUGGUGAAAUGAAUGAAUAUAGGAAAUCAUUUGUUCGCAAGGCCUUCAUGAAACUGGAUUUCAACAAAACUGGUAUUGUAUCUGUGAUAGACAUAAGGAAGUGUUACUGUGCCAGGAAGCAUCCACAUGUGAUUUCAGGGCAUUCAACGGAGGAGGAAAUCAAAUUAUCUUUUCUAGAGACAUUAAGAGAGGCCUGCAGCAAGUCUGAUGAAGUUUCAUAUGGUGAAUUUGAAGAUUACUAUGAAGGCCUAAGUAUAGGAAUAACAGAUGAUGAAGAUUUUGUUAGCAUCUUAUGUACUCCGUGGGGGAUUUAGUCUUUAAUAAUGCACAAACUUAUCGGCACCAAAUAUUUUAUAGAAAGGGUGAAUUUUAUAUGAAAUGUGAUCAUCUUGUAGUAUACUUUUCUAUGAUUCUUUUUAUUUUUUUCCAAAAAUGUUGAGUCUGGGAAGCCCUACUUAGAAACAGAUGUAGAUAUGUGUUUGUAAGCAUAAGUGCGUGUCUACUUGUCCAAAUGUUUAUAAAGACAGGCUCUUUGUGUUACUCCUUCUGCUUAGAUUUUAGAAAAGUCAUUAAAAAUUAGCCUUAAUAGAAAAGACAUCUUCAUUAAACUGUGUGAGGACUUGUAUAUAGUAAUCAAGUUUCCUAUCCUUUCUCAAGUUUCUUAUGAUCUUUUCCUAGAAUAUAGUUGCCAACGUAUGUAAUGACUUGGGAUUCAGAUCAAGGCUGAAAUUGUGCAGAUUCUUUGAAACAUACAAAAUAUUAACAUAUAUACAAAACAGUGUCAUAAUCAGUAUGAUUAUAGGUGUUUUUCUGUGCACUAUACUUUGAGCAGUUAGUGUUUACCUCACAGUGUUCGUUUAAAGAGAUUUGUCAGGUAUAUUUUUGUCUAUAUAAUUACAUACUACUCUUUUUUAAGUGGUAAAAAACAUACCAUAUUUUUCAUUUUGAAUGUCAUAUUAUCUGUAUACAAAUGUUACUUAUAUAUAAACAACAAAAUGUAGAAAAUAUUGGAAUGUAGAAAUAUUUUUUAGACUGUCAUGAAGAACUCAAGGACAAUUCAAUAUUUUUUAGACAAAAUUUAAAAGCAUAUUUUGUGUCAAAAAAUGAAGACAUAGUAUUCUAAACACCUCUUUUGGUACAAUAAACAUUCAGAA